AAAAAAACAAAAAAAAAGUGGAAUGGACAGAGAGGAGGAGGGUAGAGUGGUAAAUUUAGUAAGAAGGGGAAAUUGGGUCUGACGCGGUCAUAAUGGGAGGGAGCUUCUUCUCCAAUCAACGAUUCUUCUAAUUUGGUCUCUUCCCUCAAACACGACGACGGCGUUUUCUUUCAUUUCUUCUCUCGACAAUCCCUAACAUCACCAGAAGAACACAAACACAAUUCUUUUUAGGUACAACACAAAUUCUCUUCUUCCUUCUUCGCUCUAAAAUUUUCAACACAUAUUUUUUAUGAUGCUUUUAAGCGUCUGAUCGUAUCCGAUCUCUCUUAAAGGGAAUUGCAAAAAAAAAAUCGAUUUUCUAUUUUCAGGCAAAUUCGAAUUUCCAGGACAUUCAAAUGGGUAGCUGCGUCUCUAAGGGUAAAGGAGACGAUGAUUCCGUCCAUAACGUCGAGUUUUCCGGUGGCAAUGUUCAUCUGAUUACAACAAAAGAGAGUUGGGAUGACAAAUUAGCUGAAGCUGAUCGUGAUGGCAAAAUCGUGGUUGCAAACUUCAGUGCGACAUGGUGUGGUCCGUGUAAAAUUGUGGCACCAUUUUUCAUCGAGCUCUCAGAGAAACAUUCUUCUCUUAUGUUCCUUCUUGUAGAUGUUGAUGAACUCAGCGAUUUUAGCUCAUCAUGGGACAUUAAGGCGACACCAACCUUCUUCUUCCUAAAGAAUGGACAACAAAUAGGCAAGCUUGUUGGAGCAAACAAACCGGAGCUACAGAAGAAGGUUACUUCUAUCAUUGAUUCUGUGCCUGAAAGUCCUCAACGGCCUUGACUCUUGACUCUCGCAGCCUUGUGUUCUGAGGUCUGUUCUUGUGUCUUCUUCUUGACGGUGAUCAAUUGUUGUAAUAUGCAAAAAAAAAGGUGUGAAAGGUCACCAAAAACACUUGAGUUAGAUCAUCCUGUUUGAUAUAAUAAUAUGCAUCUUUUUCAUUCAAAUUACUCAUUAUAUUAUUGAAUCCUCGCAAUCUAAGUGUGCAAAGCAAUAAGGCUCUCUCUAAUUUCAUUUCUUCUUUAUUAUCAUUCUUUCACUAAUGAGGAAACAAUCAUCCAAUGCCUUUGUUUCUUGAUGACA